AUGAUCGAAAGGGAAUUUAUAGAAGACACGAUUUAAGAGGAGAGCCUGCAGACUUAGUUAAACAUUGAAGAAUCAAAGAUGUUCUUCCACGGGCUUUACCUUUCCAUCUUGCUUUUGUCAGUGAGUGGAACCCCUGCUCAAGUCCAGAACCAAAUGAGGUUACAUAGAAACUCAAGUACAAGUGGGAACUUCUGCUCAAGUCCGGAACCAACUGAGGUUACACAAAAUCUCAUUGAGCGUUUGGAGAAAGAGACUGCUGCAACAUGCAAUUGCAGUGCCAAUGUGACUGACUGUUUAUGUCUUCCUGUAUCUUCUCAGAACAGCUGUAGCACAUCGUGCUUUCAGUAUGGGCUGACAAAGAUGUCUGACACAUUGAAACCAAGUUAUAGUCGAACCAUCUUUAGAGUGCAGAGUUAUGUCGGGCAGCUAAGGCGCCUCAAAUGCAAACCUUUUUCAUGUUACCAGCCAUGCAAUGAGACCUUCACUGCUAACACAAUGGAGUUUCUGAAGGCUCUCCAGGAAAACUUCCAGAAAGUACCUAUUUCUAACAACUAA